AUGAGCACUUGUCCACAUAUACAGCAAGUAUUUCAAAAUGAAAAAUCCAAAGAUGGAGUUCUAAAAACUUGUAAUGCAGCCAGAUACAUCUUAAAUCAUUCCACACCUAAGGAAAAAUUCUUAAAAACCAUGAAAUGUGGCACAUGCCAUGAAAUAAACUCUGGAUCAACUUUUAUGUGUCUCCAAUGUGGGUACUGUGGAUGCUGGAACCAUUCCCAUUUUCUCUCUCAUAGUAAACAUAUCGGUCACAUAUUCGGUAUAAACUCAAAUAACGGCCUUUUGUUUUGUUUUAAAUGUGAGGACUAUCUAGGUAACAUUGAGCUGAUCAAUGAUGCUAUUCUGACCAAGUACUGGGACGACGUUUCUACUAAAACCGUGGUCCCGAUUAUGGAGAGAAGAGAUGGACUUUCUGGCCUCAUCAAUAUGGGAUCCACUUGCUUUAUGAGUAGUAUCCUUCAAUGUCUAAUUCAUAAUCCAUACUUUAUCAAACACUCCAUGACUCAAUCUCAUUUUAACAAAUGCAAAGUGCGUUCUCCUGAUAACUGCUUUUCAUGUGCACUCGAUAAAAUCGUUCACGAACUUUAUGGGGUCCUGAAUACAGACCAGCCAUCUUCAUCAUCGUCUGCAACAAAUCGGCAAGCUGGUUUUAUAUACCUCUUAACAUGUGCAUGGAAGAUCAAUCAGAACUUAGCAGGCUAUUCCCAGCAAGAUGCCCAUGAAUUUUGGCAAUUUAUAAUCAACCAAAUACACCAAAAUUACGUUCUCAGCCUACCCAGUACCAAGGAAGCUGACAAAGAAAAUACCAAGCAUUGCGAUUGCAUAGUACAUACUGUUUUUGAAGGUUCACUGGAGAGCUCUAUAGUGUGUCCAAGCUGUCAAAACAAUUCUAAGACGACCAUUGAUCCCUUCAUGGAUCUUUCUCUAGAUAUUAAAGACAAAAAAAAACUCUACGAGUGUCUUGACAGUUUCCAUAAAAAGGAACUGUUGAAAGAUUUCAACUAUCAUUGUGGAGAAUGUAACAGUACACAAGAUGCAAUAAAGCAAUUGGGUAUACACAAGUUGCCAUCCGUUUUAGUUUUGCAAUUGAAAAGAUUUGAACACUUACUCAAUGGAAGCAAUAGAAAACUGGAUGAUUUUAUUGAAUUUCCAACCUAUUUAAAUAUGAAAAGUUACUGUUCUAUCAGGGAAAGUGAAAGUGAAAAGCAUGUCGUAAACGAUAAAGUACCAGAUAUCAUCUACGAAUUAAUUGGUAUUGUUUCUCAUAAAGGGACAGUUAAUGAAGGGCAUUAUAUUGCAUUUUGUAAAAUUUCGGGUGGACAAUGGUUCAAAUUUAAUGAUUCUAUGGUCUCCUCAAUUUCUCAAGAAGAGGUUUUAAAGGAACAAGCAUAUUUAUUAUUCUACACUAUUCGUCAAGUAAAUUGA